GGGGGGAUGCAACUGACAGUCUUGACAAAGUGAUGGCUCGUGAAAAUUUUUCAUCUCAUGCAUAGUAAAUUUUCUUUGUCUUAGGUUCUUAAUAUUUUGUAAAAUAUAAAAUAUUACUAGUAUGUAAGGUAACAAAGUAUGAAAACUGAAUCAAAUGUCACGGGAUAGAGGAGAAAACAUGCAUACUUUCCCAGAUAGGAGACUGGACUUCAUAUUUUAGGUACAAAAUUUUAUCUUCAGUUUGUUUUUACAUGUUGAAUCAGGAUAUUGGAAAUAUCAGACUUUUCCUAUUCACCUAAGUUUUCUAAAAGUAUCUACUGCGGUCACUAGUCUUAAAUGUGCUGUGUUCAGCCACAACAUUCUCAAAGUGACCUAGAGGUAAUGAUUGUUUCAACUUUAACUUUGAUAUUUGCAAGCAAGCCCUUUACACAAUCAAUUUGUUUAUGCAGUAAAUCCAGACUUUGUUACUGCUUCUCAGAGACCUUUGCAUCGAAGAGAACUGCUUCCUUACAGAGAUUAUCCCUAGUGUGGCAAGUAUUAAAUGUGGAAGGGCCAGGGGUUUAGUCUCCCACCAUCCUUUUCCAAAAAUGAAGCAAAUAACCGAAUGCUGCAUAAUUAGGUUGGUUGAAUCUGUGAUUUCUUUAAGACCUGUUUCAAGUUUAUAGUGUCAUAAGACCUAUCGAACAAAUUUAAAAGAGAUGAGAACAGAGGACCAAAUCAACAUAUCUAAGCCUGUUAGAUAAGCGUGAAGAAGUUUAAGUGACUGCUUUACUUGAUCAAAAUGGUGGACACUGAAAACCAGCUCUAUCCCCUUACUCCCUUGGAGGAGGAUGAUAUAGGCAGCCCUUUAUCUGGAGAGUUCCUACAAGAUAUGGAGAAUAUUCAAGACCUCUCUCAGUCUCUAGGUGAUGAUAGCUCUGGAACUUUAAGUUUAACAGAGUUCCAGUCACUGGGAAAUGGUCCGGGAUCUGAUGGAUCAGUUAUAACAGACACCCUUUCACCAGCAUCCAGUCCUUCAUCCAUUAAUUUUGCCACAGCUCCAGGUAGCAUAGAUGAAUCACCCAGUGGAGCAUUAAACAUUGAAUGUAGAAUUUGUGGGGAUAAAGCCUCAGGCUACCAUUACGGAGUACAUGCUUGUGAAGGUUGUAAGGGUUUUUUUAGAAGAACAAUUCGUUUAAAACUCAUCUAUGAUAAAUGUGAUCGCAACUGCAAAAUUCAGAAAAAAAAUCGUAAUAAGUGCCAAUACUGUCGUUUUCAAAAGUGCCUUUCAGUUGGAAUGUCACAUAAUGCAAUACGUUUUGGACGAAUGCCAAGGUCUGAGAAGGCCAAGUUGAAAGCAGAAAUUCUAACAGGUGAAAAUUAUGUAGAAGAUUCUGAAAUGGCAGAUCUUAAAUCACUUGCCAAAAGAAUUCAUGACGCUUACCUGAAAAACUUCAAUAUGAACAAGGUUAAAGCCAGAAUCAUCCUUGCAGGGAAAACUAAUAACAAUCCACCAUUUGUUAUACAUGAUAUGGAUACCUUGUGUAUGGCAGAGAAGACCCUGGUGGCAAAGUUGGUAGCCAAUGGAAUUCAGAACAAGGAAGCGGAAGUUCGGAUCUUCCACUGCUGCCAGUGUACAUCUGUAGAGACUGUCACAGAACUUACUGAAUUUGCCAAAUCUAUCCCUGGCUUCUCCAAUCUUGACUUGAAUGAUCAAGUGACACUGUUAAAAUACGGAGUUUAUGAAGCCAUAUUUGCCAUGUUAGCAUCUGUGAUGAACAAGGACGGGAUGCUGGUAGCCUAUGGAAAUGGUUUUAUAACUCGGGAGUUCCUGAAAAGCCUGAGAAAGCCAUUCUGUGAUAUAAUGGAGCCAAAAUUUGAUUUUGCAAUGAAAUUCAAUGCACUAGAAUUGGAUGAUAGCGAUAUAUCCCUUUUUGUUGCUGCCAUCAUUUGCUGUGGAGAUCGUCCUGGUCUUGUAAAUGUCGGACACAUUGAAAAAAUGCAGGAGAGCAUUGUGCAUGUACUGAAACUUCACUUGCAAACCAACCAUCCUGAUGACAUCUUCCUCUUCCCGAAACUUCUCCAAAAAAUGGCUGACCUCCGACAACUUGUCACAGAGCAUGCUCAACUUGUUCAGAUAAUUAAGAAGACUGAAUCUGAUGCACAUUUACACCCUUUACUACAGGAAAUCUACAGGGAUAUGUAUUAAGAAUUUUUAGUGUUUUUUCCACAAUAUUUAAAGACAAGAGCAAUACUAAUAAGACAUGGGAGCAAAACUACUUGCACAGUUAUCUGCUGUUCAUUCAGUCCAGAACAUGAAAAAUCUAAAAGCUGGGUAACUGGACUGUUACUCUUCUUUUGGUUUGGGAUCUUUCGUCUUCUUUUGAAAGAGUUCUGCAGAAAAAUACUGAUCAUAGUGCUCAUGAAGUGUCUUACUGUUGUGGUUUAACCUGGCAGGCAGCUAAACACCACGCAGCCCUUUGCUCACGCUCCCUGCACCAUCCCAGUGGGAUGGGGGAGAGAAUCAAGGAAAAUAAAACUCGUGGGCUGAGAUAAAGACAAUUUAAUAAGACAGCAAAGAAAGAGGAAAUAAUAAUAGAAUAUACAAGACAGGUGAUACACAAUGCAAUUGCUCACCACCUGCUGCCCAAUGCCCAGCCUGUCCCCGAACAGCAAUGCCCCACCCAGCCAACUGCCCCAGUUAUAUGCUGAGCAUGACGUCCUAUGGUAUGGAAUAUCCCUUUGGUCAGUUGGGGUCAGCUGUCCUGGCUGUGUCCCCUCCCAGCUUCUUGUGCAUCUCCAGCCUCCUCACUGGCAGGGCAUGAGAAGCUGAAAUGUCCUUGACUUAGUGUAAGCACUACUUAACACGCUGAUGUUUUAGUUGUUGCUAUCAACAUUGUUCUCAUCCUAAAUCUAAAACACAGCACUAUACCAGCUGCUAGGAAGAAAAUAACUAUCCCAGCCAAAACCAGGACACUUAAAAUGGUUCUUUUAUUUGGAAAUUUGAAGAUUGGUAAGGAAUACAUAAAUCAGAAUGUUAAGUAACAGAAAUGAACAAAAUUGUAUUUCCUCUUGGCUUAGUAAUUUUCGAAUUAAUGUAACAAAUUCAGCAAAUUCUCUCCACGUAUAUGCACAAUCAUAAAGAUUAUGCACUUUCGGCUAAUUGUAAUCACUGAAAACCAACUAAUACUUUUUCUUACAGCAGUCAGUCUCGGUGUAUCAAAUGGCUGGAUAUUAGUGUACAUACACUUCUAAAAUAUUUGAAAGACCUUUGAUCCGGUGCUGCAUUGGUAUACCUUAGGAUUAGCAUGUUUAAAAGAUGGUUCUUUUAUGAAAUGAAAUAAAAUCUGAAGAGUUAUCUAAAAUAGAGCAGAAAAGCUCCAUUCAGGUGUUUCUUUAAGAGUAAAUGUGAUAAAGCAAUGGAACUCUUUUUUGAAAAGUGUUUUAAGGAAAUAAGUAAAUGUCGCUGAGGAAAACUAUAUCAUACCAUGUGUAUUUUGGAGAACUUGUAAUAGCUCAAGAUGGGGUUUUGACUUAAAAAUACUAUUUGGAAUUAGCAAGAGUUUUGGAGAGACUGAAAAAUCUGAUCCUAGCCCAGUAAAAAGAAUUUCAGCUGCACAGCAUUCUAGUGCAGUGACAGCUUAUUCUGACGAAAUGAUUGUAUAGGAAAGGCACCUUCUUUCUUGACAAGUAUCUUGGCAGUAUAGAGUUGUUUGGACCUGUUUACUUUUCUGAUGAGUAGACCGUUUUGUUGUUUUCCAAUUAUCCACAUUCUUUCUAUUACUUCUUAGACCUUGUUGAUAGAAGUAUUAGCUAGAUUACUUCACCAAAUUUUGUCCUUGUCCGUACAGCCAUAGUGGAUAAGGUGAUGGUAUUACCAAGAACAGUGUUUGUAGGUGUCGAUUGUGUAAUGUUAUGAAAGCGAGCACAGUUGAGAGUAAGUUUAUCAUAUUCCUGAGAGCAAACUCUGAUUUUACAGUAGUACUUACUCCUCAUGCAAAAUAAGCCAUAAGGAAAGCGCUUGACUUUUUGCUAUUUUACAAGGUCCUUUAUCAGAGAGUACUACACAAAAGUGCUAGCUGCAUGCAAGACACUGUGCUAUUUCUUUUUCUUUUGUUUUUUGUUGGUUUUUUUUUCAAUAUGGUAACUUCACAUUAUUAUUUCCUUAUUUUAAUAUUUGUUUCAUAACGGAAAGAUCUCAGGAACCAAUCUUAGCAUUUUCACAACAGUCAAGCUUUCAGUGGCACAGGAGGACACUUUGUACUUGUUUUAUUGUAGCAUGUCUGAAGACGUCAGAAUCUUAAACCUUCACUGCAAGAAUUACGUAAGAUCGAUAAAGUGAGAACAUCACACUACGAUUCUUAUUUUAGUCACAAGCUUGUUUCUUUACAGACCCACUGGCAUGGCUAGGCACUGGAUAAAUUACAGGUUAAAAAGCAAUCUAGUAUUUAUCCAGGCGAUGGUUUAGUGUCAGAUAUAUUUAGUGUAAAAUAUUGAAGCAUAGGCCUCAAAUUUGGUGACCAUCUAGGGCAGGAUAGAAACAAUAAAUGCAAGUGCACAAAACUUUCUCCCCUUCCCUGUCACCAGUCAGCAACAGGAAGAAUAGGCCUUACGUUACAGCUACUCCUAACGCUUCAGUAAGAGAAGAUUGUUGGUCUUAACAGGCAACGGCAGAUGAGGAAUGGGUUGUCUUUUGUGUCUUACAACAGUAUGUAGCACGCCCUCAGAAAUAACAAGAGGAUUUUAGCAAUGAUGCUGCUUUAUUCUUCCAGUCAGCCAUGUUUCACUAAGGAACUGUGGGGUUUAAGCAUAAGACAAUGAGCGUUGAAAUAAUUGGUAGGUAAUAUUGCUUACUCAAAAAAAUGUUCCAAAUAUCAGCCAUUCUGUGAUGGCAUACUGAAACUCUAAUAGCCAACCAUUUUAAGUUUAUCAUCUUCUCAAAAAAGUAUAAGCUGAUGGUUUGGUUUUUUUCCCCCAGAACUCAGAUUUUUUGCAAAGGGCAAAUUUCAAAAAGUUGUGUUCCACAGUUUGGGUGUACUGAAGUUUCUCGGGAAAAUCAGACAUAGUCGGUGUGGACAAAAACUAUUUUUCCUGCUCUUGUUCUCAAAAGUGGAUAAAACACUUUACUGAAACUUUUAAAAAACAUGGCAAAUUUAAUAAUAAAUAUUUAAAUUCUCAGCAAAUCUAUAAGGAAUUGAAAACAGCGUAAUUAGUGGAAGGCAUAACGUUUAGCUAUUUUAGCAGCUGCUUGUAACAGGUUCCUAUUAUUGGCAUUAGGAAAGUGCAUAAUUUGCAUUUUUCCAGUUCCAGAUCCAUUUUUAUUUUGUUAUUUGAAAACCAGCAAGCAUUUUUUUGACUAGUUUCUUGGACACUGAAGUCUGAUUUCUGUUUUAAACUUCAGACUUUUGAUGAAAAAAAAAUGGUAAGAACGCAUCUCUGAAUUACAGAAAUAUGAACAAGAUGUUAACAUGCCCACACUGCUGCACUGUGCACACACCCACAGUCUCGUCAGAGAAUGACACAGGGCAAACAAUUCACUUCCCCAGUGUUAAUAGGCAAAAUAAGUUCUUCAUUUCUACAUUACACUUUUAAUGGAGUACAUUUGCUGUUUCUGUAGGUGAAUGCAGCAGACUUUUGCCAAUUAGAUUUCAAAAUGAGUCAGUUUAUGGGUUUUUUUGUUUGUUCAUUUGGGGUUUUUUAAGUUUGGAAUCUGAACUAGUUUGAGGUCCAUUACUGAGGAGCCUUCAGCAUCUCCACCUUGUACAGAUCAUCUGAUAUUUUAAAAUAUCCAUUCUAUGAGGGGAAAUAAAAUGAUCAGAUUUUAGGAUUAAAAAUUUAUUAAGGAUUUACUGGCUUGUUAGGUAUAGUUUUGAUCCAAGGCUUAUCAGCAUAAAUUAUUUUACUGUCAUAGCACUGAAGAACUCUAGUUAGCAACCAGGUACCCACAAACAGCUUAUGACAAGAGACAACAGAUGGACAGAGAAAAAUACUAGGAAAUAAUGGUACGACUUAAGUUUUCAACAAACUUACAGCUUACUCAUUUUUGAGAGUUGUUAGGAGUCUUUUUAUUUAUUUAUUGGGAUGCCCUCAGUGCUUUGACAAAGGGGAAGAAAAAAAAAAAGGAACGUUUUGUGUCAAGCGUUAGGGAAAUCUGAUGUUCAUUUUUAUCCCCUUCUUAAAUAUUUCCUUUAAAGGUGUACCGUCUUCAUUGUAACAACACACAACUGCCAUUUAAAAAAAAAAAAAAAUCAGUUACUCUGUACCUUUUUCAAUUUCAGAAUCCCACUUUUAUUUUAAACACAAAUUGACAGACAAGAGAUAGGAAUGUUUUCCACUCACAGAAAUGGAAUCUUUCUUUGCCUUUGAAGACAUUUUCUUUUUUUAUUUCAUCACCAUUUCCAUGUGCCUUUGUGCUUUGGUUCUAGCCAGCUGCUAGAAAGCUGAAGUGUUGCCAAAGAGCAUAUUUUUGCAUUAUUUCUGGCCCGCACAGAUUUAGGAAAUACCAGCAGUUGCACUAAGUCCGUUCUCAUGAGAGAGCUAGCACAAGUUUGCAAAUCAAAGAGCUUAUAAUAAGCAUCUAAACAUUUGUUUGUUUAUUCAAACUGCUAAAACUUGGGAGAUUUAUUCAUCACGAGAGCUGGGUCACAUACUAUUAAAUUUGAAUUUCCUCAUUAUUUCUAAUAAGCAGUUGAAGAUUAUGCUGUAGCUGCCUGUACUGUGUCUGAAGAGGAACAAUUUCAGCUCUGUCUCUCCUUCCUUAAGCAUCCCUGUUGCUUAGUUGAAAAUCUGCAACUACAUUUAACAAAUGCAUUUGCAGCUGGUUUGAUAUUGCUUAAGCGUAAGGUCCUACAAACAAUGGUCCUUCCCUGAAAACCCUGAUCCUUUAGUAAGUGUUGAAAUGUAGGGUGUAGCGUGGUAUCUGGUGCUUGCCUAUAUCUCAAGUGCUUUCUUGAUAAGCAGUUGCAUAUAGUUUGUGGGGUUUUUUUAAUCUAGGUUUAAUCAGCUUUAUUAUCCUUCUUUUACUAGAGAUUUAAAUUAUAUGUGGGUUUGAUCUAAGAUUAUUGAUGUUACAUGUUGUGGGAUUUUUUUAAUUUAAUGUAAUACCAUUUCUUCGUGGUUUGAUUUGUAAAAUACAAGAAUAUAAUUGCAAGAUACAAACUUUCACUAAAUUAUAUUACAGAGGUGCUUUAAGAAAAAUAUGUAAAUUAUUUAAUUUAAAUAUUUGUUUCAUACUUUAUCUUGUGAACCCUUUUGUACAGUGAGGAAAGAUUUACUUUUAUGGGUAAGGAUGAUGGGCCUGAAGGCUAAGACAAACUGCUGUUUAUUCCUGUCUGGUCAUUAUUACUGUAUCAUUUGUGAAGAAGUAUCACAAAUUCUGCAACUUAUCGGUGUUUCAUGUUGACAACUAUAACCAAACUUUCAAAUAUAUUUUCACACAGAAUCACAGACUUCCUUUUAUUUAAUUGUAAUAAAGGUAAGUCUAGGUGAGGAAGAGCUGUAAUCCCAAAAUCAAGUUACUAUUUUGAAUGUUUUAACUCAAACUCACCAACAUGACAGAUCAUUUAUAGAACUAUGUUCAUUUUUACAGCACAGUAGUUCAUUUUCCUUAAAAGUCUGAAGAGAGCGCUAAAUAGAGCUAGAUUGUGUUAGUACUCCGUUACUGGUAUUUUCUGAGGAACUGAUUUGUGGCUUAUGAGAAAUAACUGUGUAUUUGGGAUUAUUUCCUGCUACCUGCACUGAGGUUGAUCUGCAGUUUUUAUAGAUGUAUUUUAAAAUAGGUAAUUUGGCAGUGCUAAACAAAAUGUUGAAAUGCCAUUAUUGGCUUUUGUAUAGGAGUGUUCCCUUUAUGAUUUUACGUAGAGAUGAAUUCAGAGUCUGUUCGUAGGGAUUCUGUGUCCUGUGAUUCAUGUGUGACAAUCUGUGCCUACAGCAUUCCUGCUAAUGACUGCUGAUACAGCAAAAAUUUACCUUUUUAAGAUGUACCUUUUAUUUUGCAUCUAGUACAAGCACAGUACAUUACAAACGUUCCAGCAAUGAUUUAUACUUACUGCAUUUUAUUUGUAAUAGAUAAUUAUUUUUUUCCCAAAUUGCUGCAACUUGAAAUUUUCAUUUGAUCGGUGUCAUCAUACAUUGUUGUCUACUAAGAUGUCUGUGUCGUAUUUGUAAAAGCUCUACUGGAUUUUCUUUUGGUAACCUACAGCUACUUCUUUUCUCAGUUUCAUAGGCAGCAAUGAAAAAAAACCAAACCUGUAGAUGGUACUAAAAGAUAUGUCACUUUACAUUGUAAAUAUGUGAUACAAAGUCAUUGGUAAUUAAACCCAUCCUAGGGUAAGGGUAUUUCCUCUCUUGCUUUCUCAAAUGUGCUUACAGGGUUUUUAAAAUCUUUUUCAGCUUCUGAAGCUGUUUUGUGUUGGUUUUGUUUUUUUUCUUGAACUCCUUUCUUGUGUUAGUCGAUCUUGUCCGAUUCCAUUGCAAGGAUGUUUCAAAACAGAAUUCCUGUUGCCAGGCCAUCCCUUUCAGAUGAGUUGCCUCUGCCCAGGGGAUAGACUGCAUGCACAAAAGAGAUUAAUCUGAUUGCAGGCUGGGCCUUAAAUAAGGACUGCAAGGUGAGGCAUAAGGUACUUGAGUUGUCUGUAAGCAUUUUGGUCUGUUUUCUCAGGUUGGAUACGCAGGUACUUUAAUCCCGACUGUGGAAAGGACACCAGCCUUAUGGUCAGCGCAAGAAGGUUUAUGGCAUUUUUUACACUUGGAAGAAAACAAAAAAUUGUCAGUAUGGGAAAAUAUUAACUAACCAAAAUAUUGGCAACAUGCACAUACUGCAUUCUACUGCUACUGCUAGGGGUGCAGUAUAAUCCUUCAGAAUCUGUUGGUGAUGUGCAACAGGAACUCUAAGAAGGUUCUGCACAUCUUCUGCUGGACGAUUCAUAUGCAAAUGACCAGGUCGAGUGCUGUUCAAAUCCACCCAUCGUUACCUCUGGCUCGUUGGGAUACUCCAGGUAUCUUCUGCCACACGGUAGCAUAGGGUUGCCUUCACGGAGACAUAGUGCCUUUGCCCUCCUGUGAGUAACAGAGUUGUUGGCGGUGCUGCGUGCGUAUUCAGCCGGGUAUCUAUCUGCUAGCACUUGCCAGCAGCGCCCUUGGGCAGGCGGGCCCGGUGCAGGCUGCCGCUGUUCUGCCCCGGCACGUUGUGCAGACAGCGGGAGGGAGCUGCUCCUGAUCCAGUCGUCCAUCCCUCUCCCCUGGGAAACGAAUCCUGUGGGAUAGGUGAAGCCAUGUGAAGCCAUGGCUCUCAGUUUCUUCUGGUUUCAGGAGUGGAAGAACAUUUAUGGCUUUAGUUAUUUCUUUAGUAAUAACAAAUCUAAUCAAAGUUUUAAUACUAUGGAUUUUUUAACAAGAACACCCCUCUUAACUGUUUGACAAAGGCUGUUUUAUCAGCUUCUCGGAUGAGCUGCAUUUCAUAUUGCUCCUGCUAUUUCACAGCUUUUACAGACAAUUGCUCUGAAUUUUCUUUAGGCAUGUAACACAAGAGUUUAAUUACAUCAUGAUGUUAAAACCCUUUAUCACGUCUUAAAUUGUCUGUUAUCUGAUAUGGCACAAAAAGAGCACAUUUUUUUGUUAACGCUGCCAAACCCUAAUCACUAGAGCUAACAAGUGUUUAAUUAAAUCAAGAUAUUAAAGAGAAAAAAAAAAA